UUUGCAGGAGCAUGGACAUCCGCAACAACCUGACCCGGCUGAACAUGCUGGAGAACUGCACUGUGAUCGAGGGCCACUUGCAGAUAUUGCUGAUGUUUAAAACCAAGCCAGAGGAUUUCCGUGAGCUCAGCUUUCCUAAGCUGACCAUGAUCACAGACUACUUGCUGCUUUUCCGUGUGUACGGCCUGGAGAGUUUAAAGGGCCUUUUCCCCAACCUCACUGUGAUCAGGGGGACUCACCUGUUCUUUAACUAUGCCCUGGUGAUUUUUGAGAUGGUUCACCUGAAGGAGAUCGGGCUCUACAACCUCAUGAACAUCACCCGGGGUGCCGUGAGGAUUGAGAAGAACAAUGAGUUGUGUUACCUGUCCACCAUCGACUGGUCAAGGAUUCUGGAUUCUGUAGAGGACAACUACAUUGUGGCCAACAAGGAUGACAAGGAGGAGUGUGGAGAUGUGUGUCCUGGGACCGUGAAAGGGAAGAGCAACUGUCCCCCCACUGUGAUAAACGGCAUUUUCAUCGAGCGCUGCUGGACACACGAUCGCUGCCAGAGGGUUUGUCCAGCUGCCUGCAAGUCCCAGGGCUGCACCUCAGACGGGCAGUGCUGUCACAGCGAGUGCCUCGGGGACUGCACGGAGCCCAGCGACCCCGAGAAGUGCGUGGCCUGUCGCAACUUCUACCUGGAAGGGAAGUGUGUGGACAACUGCCCCCCUGGGUACUACCGCUUCGAGGGCUGGCGCUGUGUGACCUUCAGCUUCUGCCAGGAGCUGCAUAACAAGUGUAAGAACGCCAGGGAGUCGGGGUGUCAUGUCAUCCACAACAAUGAGUGUGUCCACGAGUGCCCCUCGGGGUACAUCAUGAAUUCCAGCAACCUGCACUGCACGCCCUGUGCGGGGCCCUGUCCCAAGGUCUGUGACUUUGGGAAGGAGAAGACAAUCGACUCAGUGACAUCGGCGCAGGAGCUCCGGGGCUGCACAGUUGUCAAUGGCAGCCUGGUUAUAAAUAUCCGGGGAGGAAAUAACAUAGCAGCUGAGCUGGAAGCAAAUCUUGGCUUGAUAGAAGAAAUCUCAGGUUACCUCAAAAUUCGCCGCUCUUAUGCCUUGGUUUCUCUUUCUUUUUUUCGGAAGCUCCAUCUGAUUAGAGGAGAAACACUUGAAGCUGGCAAUUAUUCAUUUUAUGCCUUGGACAACCAGAACCUCCGCCAGCUCUGGGACUGGAGUAAACACAACCUCACUAUUGCGCGAGGCAAACUCUUCUUCCACUAUAACCCCAAGCUGUGCUUGUCAGAAAUCCACAAGAUGGAAGAGAUCUCUGGGACUAAGGGGCGUCAGGAGAGGAACGACAUAGCCCUGAAGACCAACGGGGAUCAAGCCUCAUGUGAAAAUGAAUUGCUGAAAUUUUCUUACAUCAGGACUUCUCACGACAAGAUCCUGUUGAAGUGGGAGCCAUAUUGGCCUCCUGAUUUCCGUGAUCUCCUGGGAUUUAUGCUGUUCUACAAGGAAGCUCCUUACCAAAACGUGACGGAGUUCGAUGGCCAGGAUGCUUGUGGGUCAAACAGCUGGACAGUUGUGGAUGUUGACCCACCCCCACGGUCCAACGAGCCCAAAGCCCAGGCCCAGCCAGGCUGGCUUCUGAGGGGCCUGAAGCCCUGGACACAAUAUGCUGUGUUUGUGAAAACCCUGGUCACCUUUUCCGAUGAGCGGCGGACAUAUGGAGCGAAGAGUGAGAUUAUCUACAUCCAGACCAACGCCACGGUUCCGUCAGUGCCGUUAGAUCCGAUAUCUGUUUCCAACUCUUCAUCCCAAAUCAUCCUGAAGUGGAAACCACCCUCAGAGCCCAACGGGAACAUCACGCACUACCUGGUGUACUGGCAGCAGCAGGCAGAGGACAGUGAGCUUUAUGAACUUGAUUACUGCUUGAAAGGAUUAAAACUUCCCUCAAGGACCUGGUCUCCUCCUUUUGAAUCUGAAGACCCUCAGAAGUAUAAUCAGAGUGAAAAUGAGGAUGUCAGUGGGGAAUGUUGUUCCUGCCCGAAGACAGACUCCCAGAUACAGAAGGAGCUGGAGGAAUCUGCUUUCCGCAAGACAUUUGAGAACUACCUUCACAACGAGGUUUUUGUGCCAAGGCCAUCAAGAAAACGGAGAGACCUCGCCUCUGUGGCAAACGCCACCGUGGUGAUCCCCACCAUCCCAGUCUCUCCCAACAACUCUGCAGCAGCAGCUGAGGGUGCAGAGGAGCAGAAACCUUUUGAGAAAGUCCUGUCCAAGGAGUCCCUGGUGAUCUCGGGGCUGCGCCAUUUCACCGGAUACCGCAUCGAGCUCCACGCCUGCAACCACGAUGCUCAGGAGUCCCGGUGCAGCGUAGCAGCCUAUGUCAGUGCCAGGACCAUGCCAGAAGCUAAGGCUGAUGACAUCGUUGGUCCAGUUUCCCAUGAAGUGGUUGAAAAGAACACGGUGCAUUUGAGGUGGCAGGAGCCAAAGGAGCCCAACGGCCUGAUUGUGCUGUACGAGGUGAACUACGGACGGCUCGGGGAGACAGAGGAAGCCCAUUUUUGUGUGUCUCGAAAGCACUUUGCCACCGAGCACGGCUGCAAACUCCGAGGACUUCAGCCUGGGAACUACAGUGUCCGGAUCCGGGCGACCUCCCUGGCUGGAAAUGGCUCGUGGACAGAACCCACCUAUUUUUACGUGGCUGAUUAUCUGAAUUCUCAGCCUAAUAUUGCUGUUAUAAUCGUUCCUAUUAUUUUUGCCAUAAUAAUUGCUGGAAUUAUUGGAGCUGCUUACGUGCUUGUGAAAAAGAGACAAACUGAAGGACCAACCGGACCCCUGUAUGCAUCCUCCAACCCUGAAUACAUCAGCGCCAGUGAUGUUUAUGUCCCUGACGAAUGGGAGGUUCCACGGGACAAGAUCACUCUCCUCCGAGAGCUGGGACAGGGCUCCUUUGGAAUGGUGUACGAAGGAAUUGCCAAGGACAUAGUGAAGGGAGAGCCCGAGACCCGCGUGGCCGUGAAGACGGUGAACGAGUCCGCGAGUCUGCGCGAGCGCAUCGAGUUCCUCAACGAAGCCUCUGUGAUGAAAGGCUUCAGCUGCCAUCAUGUGGUUUGCCUUCUCGGGGUGGUCUCAAAGGGACAACCCACCCUGGUGGUCAUGGAGCUGAUGGCACACGGGGACCUGAAAAGUUACCUCCGCUCUCUGAGACCUGAAGCUGAGAACAACCCUGGUCGUCCGCCCCCGACACUGAGGGAGAUGAUCCAGAUGGCUGCAGAGAUUGCAGAUGGCAUGGCCUACCUGAAUGCCAAGAAGUUUGUUCACAGGGAUCUGGCAGCUCGGAACUGUAUGGUCGCAGAGGACUUCACUGUGAAAAUCGGAGACUUUGGGAUGACCAGAGACAUCUAUGAGACGGAUUAUUACCGUAAGGGAGGCAAAGGGCUGCUACCUGUGCGCUGGAUGGCCCCCGAGUCACUGAAGGAUGGGGUUUUCACCACCUAUUCUGACGUGUGGUCAUUUGGUGUGGUCCUUUGGGAAAUAAGCAGUUUGGCAGAGCAGCCAUACCAGGGACUCUCCAACGAACAGGUGCUAAAGUUUGUCAUGGAUGGAGGAUACCUGGAUCAGCCAGACAACUGCCCGGAGAGGCUGCACAACCUGAUGCAGAUGUGCUGGCAGUACAACCCGAAAAUGCGGCCCACCUUCAUCGAGAUCAUCGAGAUGCUGAAGGAGGACUUGCACCCCAGCUUCCACGAGGUCUCCUUCUUCUACAGCGAGGAAAACAAACCUCUGGAGACGGAGGAGUACGAGAUGGACUUUGAGAACAUGGAGAGCAUUCCCCUUGACCCCUCCUCGUACUCCCAGAGGGACAAAGCGCUGGGGAGGGACAAUGGACCCUCCAUGGCCCUCAAGGGGAACUAUGAGGAGCACAUACCUUACACUCACAUGAACGGUGGCAAGAAAAACGGGCGGAUUCUCUCUAUGCCCAGGUCAAGUCCUUCCUAACACUUCCUGUUGGGCCCCAGGGUUCUGUCUGCUUUUCCCCCCCCUCCACAAAUCUCAGGACUCUUGUUAUUGCUGCCACAGUGUAUGACACACAUCUACAAACUCUUCAGAUUUUUAAUAUUUUAUUUUUUUUUUUUUUGCCAAGUUGACUGGUUGUCAGUGGACUUAUCUGUGAACAUAAAUGGAAGAGGUUUCCAUGGCUGCUGUCCCUUCUGUAACCAUGGUUUCACAACAGGAAGCAACUGUGUGAGCUAAACUGAAGGAGAAGCAUCUGCAUUUGCCAAUAGAAGACGUGAAGCUUGCUGGUGUCUGAGCUACAGCCUCACAGUGUGGAACAAACCUUCUGCAGGACAAAAGCAUUUCCAGUAGAAUUCCAGGCUUUCAGGCAGACUCUCCGCUACAGCUGAAGGAUUCAACACCUCAGUCGGAUGCGCCAGAUCCUCAGAUUGACCAAUAGCUGCUGCUUUCAUCCUUUUUCAAGGGGUUAAGUCCCAGGGGUGCGUGCGUGGGCGUGUGUGCAGUAUAUCUGUGUGGGGUGGAACCUAUAGCAAAAUAGACACUUCUGGUUUUGUACACAAGUGACAAUGCUUUCAGGCACAUGGUGGGACUCUUGGGGUAUCCUGCACAGGGUCAGGAGUUGGACUCAAUGAUCCUGAAGGGUCCCUUCCAACUCAGUUGUUCUGUGUUCUCACAGGAGCUUUCCUCUUCUCGGAAGUGUGUACUUAUCUUUUUUCCCGUUUCCCUGGAGGGACUGAAUCCUAAACAGAUUAUUUUUAUACCGAGGACUCUUGGGAGUAGGUUUUCUCUCAUUCACGAAUGAAGAAAACGUGCUGGGAGCCAAAGGAGCAGAAAUCUGAGAUUUGUGGGUACUUUUAAGACCAAACGGAGUAGGAGUCCCCUGACCUGAGACACGGAGUUUUCUGUCCUUACAGCAUUGAGUAUAUAUAUUGUUUGUUGUAACAUAUUUAAAGAUGUCUUUAGUUUAAAUCUUAACUUCAUAUAAAUUAUUGACUGUUUAUGAUCCUUUCGAGGAAGGGAGAGUUUGGGGGAUUGUUUGGUCUUAAAGUGGUCCAAAGAUUUCAGAACGAACUAAUUUUAGCCUCGGAGGAGCGAUGAAGCACAUGUUAAGUUCAUACUUGACAAGGCUUUGUAAUAGUUCCGUGAUUUAUACAACGCAGUCAGCUGGCUCCAGUCGAAGCCUGAAUUUGGGCAUUGGGAGCUGAAGGACACCAGAACAUCCCAGCCCUGAUCCUGCUCCUCCCUCGCUUUGCCUUCUGUGCCACAGAUGGAGCUGGCAGGAGAGGACAAGCACGAACUGCAGCCGAGAAAGGGACACAAUGUGAAGGGGGGAGCACAAGGCUCUGGGCUCUGCACAUGUAGCAGAAGCUGGAAGUGACUGUGGUUUGCUGCCUGUCCGUGCUUGCAGGUGUCCAGCUUUGUGUUCCCUGAGAUCUCUGCUGCAGAAUUCCUGGGAUGCAGCAUUUCGGCUCUUUGGGAUGUCAGCUUUGGCCUUCUGGACUGUGCUUUGUUGUGCUGUUGUUUGCAUAAAGGCAAAGGUGAUUGAUUAGCAAACUAUGUUAGAGGAUAAUUGUGGAACUACAUGUGUCUCGUGGUGUGGAGGGAGCGAGUCCAGCUGGAGAAGGGCGGAAGCAGGAGAUGAAGAUGAUGAUGAUGAUGGAUGUUGCAGGCCCGUGUCAGACAGGAGAUGAUUUAAAAGCGGGGAGAGAUGCUCAGUCCUCCACUUCUCCACUUCUGGAGAAGUCCAAGACCCAUUUUGUGCUCUCUGCCAGGAGAAAAUGAGGCGCCCUGGCCUGGGGAGAGCAGGGAAGCUUAGCUGGUGUGUGGGUUUUGAUUCCAGCCCAGGCAGAGCUGUUGUUGUAAGCCAAGGAGAGGGGCUGCUGGAAUGCCUAGGGAAGCACCUCUCCCAGCCCACACCGGUGGGCGCAGCCUCGAGGGGCAAUGACGGACUCUGGGCCCUUUGUCAGGCCCUUUGCUGCUGGAGGCUGCUCAGUGCAGACCCAGGUGGAGGGCACAGCUUGCUCAAAAAUUUUGGGUGGAAAACACAGUCCAGACAUGGGUGAGAACCUCUGGAUUUCAAAAGGCCUUGUUUACAUUUCUUCUGCUUUACAAAGUCGUAACUGUUUAGCAGCUCUAUACUACACUGCAGGAAAGAAGACAUAUUCUCACACUUUUCUAAGGAAGAGAAGCUUUUCUUAUUAGAAUUUUUUUAUUUAUUUUAAUAUAUAAAACACUGUAAAAAAAAAAGCAACAAACAAUUUGUUUUCUUAAACACACAGAACAUGUAAAUUUGUAUCCGUAAAAUCUUGGCAGGUGGAUGUGGUGGGAUUAUUUUUGUCCUGUUCUGGUGCAGUCUACCUCAGUGUUUCUUAAGGAUAUUUUUAAUACUACGCACCUCUAAACCUGUUUAAAUAUUUUGGUCUGGACCUAUUGUGGAUCAGGGAAAAUCAGUAUCAGCUGAUUCCAAUACCAGGGACCAUUCAUGAAGGGAAUGGGAAAGAGAACAGUUCGUCACUGUUGAUCCCUAAUCUGAGCAGUAGUGACAAUGAACCCAUUUUCAAAUUUGGAUCUGAUCUUGUCCUAUUAGUUCUGUUGUGAUUUUUAAAAAACAGCACAACAAAAGAGCCAUUUAAAUGUUUGGACUGUAGUGAACUCAUGACCUGAAAGAAGCAGGCUGCUUCCUCCUGGAGCAGCAUGUGCCAGCAUGGAGUGGGGACUGGGACCAGCCCUUGCUCUUGGGGUUGGAUUGGGGUGUCUUGGUCCUGCUAGUGACCUCCUGAAAUAAAUCUUUCCCAGCACACCCUUGCUUUGAUAACAUUUCCAGUGGCAGUGAUCAUAACUGUGGAAAGAGAAGCUCUUUUAUCUAAAGGAAUAUUGGAACCUCGUAUUGGGUCUGGCUUUUCCACGUUGUUGAUACUGGUUGUCCCUGUGAGUACACAUGGUUUGCAACACUCAGAUCACUGAACCAGGGAGCAUGUGUUGCUCCAUGGAAAGAGUCCAUUCCCAUGGCUCAUCUUCCCUCUGCACCAAACGGAGCAGUUGUUUGUACCCAGCACUGUGUGUAAAGAUUCCUCUGGUCAUCCUUCCUACCUUGUGCCCGGAGUGUGGAGAGGUGUGUGGUACCAGUGGGGGAGGGUGUCGUGUUUCUCCUUUUUAAAAACAAAUAACACUAGUAGUUGCUGCUCGUGGCUGUUCCUGAUCACACUCAGCUGUAGAAUUAGGAAGAAUAAAAUCACCCAUAAAGCCCAGCUCUCACUGCUGGAAGAUCCUUACUCAGCCCACAGCCAACACUUUGGUCUCUGCAGCUGGAAGAUCCUUACCCCAGGGAUGCCUCAAUCCUUCCUUGGAUCUCACUGAUUCCUGCUCAGAGACAUGAGGACUUUAUACAAGUGGAGACUGCAUGUGCCAGAUGAAAGCUCUGAGCUGUGAGCACCCCCAGCCUGGGCAGGGGCAUUGGGCUGAGCCUUUCUUGGGGGGAGCUGCUGCUUUUGCUCCAGCCAGAUCCUUAUGGGGCGAGAAUUCCCAGCUGCAGUGGAAUCACAACAUUCACUGCUGCUGUUCAGGAGGAGCAGGAGAGCAGGUGGGAUGGCUGGAGGAGGGCAACCAGCAUCAGCAAGUGGGAAGCUCUUUCUUUCCUUGCAUUAGUAUUUACUGGAGGGUUGGCUCCUGCCCUUUGUGUGCAGAGAACGUCUCACUCGCAGCACAAAAGACUCUUCAGCCUGUCCAGGAGCAACUGGAGCCUCCUGGACACAAUCUGGCAUCCCCGCAUAGACAGAAAUUCACUCUGUGGUGAAUCAUGAGGAGCAAGAAACAGCUUUCUGUGCUCUGCUGAGCUUUCACUGAGAAAAUGUCUGAAGUGUGAGGCUGGAGGUUUCUCAGAAAGGUUUCCACAUAAAUUCAAUUGCCACUUCCUGAAUGACUCUUGCCAAUCUGGAACUUCUCUUGCAGGCCAGUGCAGUGCUGCAAAACUUGGCUGCCAGGUUAGGAACGUGUCUGUCUUGGCUGCUUGUAAAUACUCUAUUGUGUUGUAAAAUAGAAGAGCUAAAACUCUGUGCCAGCACUGGGUUGGGAAAAGUGAUGGGAACUAGACCACACUGCAAGGAUGAUUGUAAAGCAGCUGUGUGGAUGUGGAAGAGGCUGCUUUUAGGUUGCUAAAGGGUACUCUUAAUUUAUGGGUAGUUUAUCUCUUUCCUCCUAAAUUUGUAUUAUAGCGAUGGGACACUUUGCUUAAUUUUAGUAUGUUGCAUAUAAUGUUGGGAAACAAAAAAUCUCAAAGUUGCUUCUUGUGUUACUGAGCUGACUGUGAUGAAGGCAAGUAGGAAAUGACAGGAGCCAGAAGGGUGCUGAGCCUCUGUUUUAGGGGAGGGAGGGAGGCAGUCAAGUUCCCUCUCAACACCACUGUGACACAGAGACAGACCCUGAGGUCCCCCAGGCCCUUCGCUGCAAGUGGCGAUUCCUGCUACCAAGACUGGAACCUUGUUUUUACAAGUCAGAAAGUCAAAUAUCUUUGUGCCAUAAAACCUUACUCUCACGGCUGUGCUAGGUGCUCCCAUGAUCCGUGCAGGAUUGGUUCCGAGCCUGGAGUGAGCCAGGAACUGCAGAUAAACCCUGUGAUCUUCUUGCUGUGCCCUCGGAGGACGUGCAGGCACCCCGGUCCCUCCGAAAGAGCCCCUCCUGUGUGUGUGGUCCAGGGAAAGGAACUGUCAAAUGGAUUGUAAUCAAGAAAUAAGUUACUUCAUGAAAUUUGAAAUAAGAUUAGUUUGGUUAUUUGUAUGAAUUUAAUGGAAUUUGGCCUUUUUAUUACCUUCUGCUUGACUCUGUGUUCCCUCUGCUUGGAUUCCGUCUGUGAGUGUCGGUGUAAGGCCUUGACGUGUUCAGCCUCGUUACAAGCAUCACAAGAGUGAAGCCAAUCAUCCAGUUGACUUCUGGAGGAACCUGACUGUUGAAAAACAACUCUAAAGUUACCGUUUUUAGCAAAUCUGCUGUCAUUAAAUGUGUAUUUCUUUUUAAAAUGAAUUUGCUUGUCCUUCUUGGAAGGAAGCACUUAUUCUUGCAGUUUGGGCAAAUUCACUGCAGCACAAUGUAAGCUGUAAGGGGACAGGUAGAGAAAUGACUUUUUAAAUAUUGUAUAAUAAAGUUAGUAUUAACUCCUA